AUGGAAAUAUCAAAUAAUCCUGAAGUUAUUCGUCGAAUAGGUCAUUUUGCAAUGAAAAGAGCAUUAGAAGUUGAUAUUUAUGGAAAUGUUAAUUCAACACAUCUUCUUGGAUCAUCUAUGAUCAAUGAUAUUGGUGGUAGUGGAGAUUUUACUAGAAAUCCUCGAAUUAUUCAAUCUUUUUUUUUUGUUCUUAUUUAUUUAUUUUAA